AUGGCAUCUAACCCAGUCAUUUUUGUAACUGGUGCAGCUGGCGGAGUGGGCUUCGCAAUUGUGCGAGCCUUACUGGAAGAGCGGAACGCCAGCGUAGUUGCUAGCGACAUUGUCAAAGGGGACUUGGAGCAACUACAGGCAUCACACAGCGACAAGCUGGAAGUGGUGGUGGGCGAUAUCACAAAAGAAAGCACGUCCAUCGUAGCCAUAUCGAAGGCAGUAGAACGGUUCGGGGGCUUGACAGGCGUUUGUUUGAAUGCCGGGACAUUCGGCCCAUGCCACCGUUUGAACAAUGCUGACCCAGAAAAAUGGAUCAAGGCCAUGAAUGUCAAUCUAUUCUCACAUCUCUACACAUUGAAACAUGCUAUUCCCCACCUUCGUAAGAGUGAGGGUACAAUCAUUUUCACGACUUCGGCAGCUGGAUUGCAGGCAUUGUUCCCCGGUUGGGGUUUCUAUGGCACCUCCAAGGCUGCUGUGGCCUUUAUAGUCAAACAGCUUCAACUGGAGGAGCCUACUCUCACUGUCCUGGGUGUAGCCCCUGGAUUGUGUGACACCAAGAUGAUUCAUGUUCUCGCAGAAGGCGGAUAUGAUGGCUGGACUGCAGAGGAUGCCAAAAAUUACAAAGAGAUUUCCUCUACGUGGACACUAACAAAGCCCGCGGAGGCUGGGAGGGCCUACGCAUAUGCGGUGACCAAGGCAUCGCGUGAAAUUGGGGGAUCUGUCGUGGAGUUCAAUGACCCCAUUAUACAAGCACUUUUACCUUAA